AUGGAUUCACAAAAAGAUAAAAAAGUUUUCUAUGUCACAGGAGCAUCAAAGGGUUUGGGUUUAUGUCUUACAAAUCAAUUAUUGAAAAAUGGAUUUUAUGUAGCUUCAACUAGUAGAAAUAAGGAAGGCUUAAUAAAAAGUGUUGAUGAGGAAGUUAGAAAUUCAAUAAACUUUUUACCAUUACAAGUUGAUGUAGGAGACGAACAUUCAGUUCAAAAAUCAAUUGAUGAAACAAUUUCAAAGUUUGGAAGAAUUGACAUUUUAAUUAAUAAUGCAGGUUAUGGUAUUCAAGGAGCAACUGAAGAAUUUUCAGAAAGUGAUAUUAAUGUAAAUAUUAAUAUUAACCUUAAAGGAGUUUUGAAUACAAUAAGAUGUGCUUUACCACAUUUACGUGCUAAUAAAUUCUUUGAUGAUGGUCCACGUAUUAUUAACAUUUCAUCUAUUGCAGGUAGAUUUUGUAAUUAUUUUCCAGGAUUUUCAGUUUAUGGUUCUACAAAAUUUGCUAUUGAUGGAUUAAGUUUGGGUUUAAGAAUCGAACUCAAAGAAUUUGGAAUUCAUGUUUCCACUGUUAAUCCAGGUUAUUUCCGUACUUGUUUCUUACAAAAAGAUGUAUUGGUUCGUCCUUCAAAAGUUAUUAAGGAAUACACAUUGGUUAAUAAAAGUAAAGAGUAUCAUGAUUCAGAAUUAAAUAAUAAACAACCAGGUGAUCCAGAAAAAGGUGCUACUGCAAUUAUUAAAUUUGCAUUAUUGAAAAACCCAUCACCAAUGCUUUUAUUAGGAUCUGAUGCCAUUAGAUAUGCAAAAAUGAGAAUGGAAGAGAUUGAAGAUUCAAUAAAAACUAAUAUAGAGAUUUCUUUAUCCGCAGAUUAUGAUGAAUAA